CCGGGGCCGUGACGUCAUUCCGUGUCCGGCCACGCCUCUUCCUUUCCGCCCGGCCGCGCGCGAGGAGCUUCUGCUUAGUGCCUCAGCAGGGAGCAGGACGAGAUGCAGAACGACGCUGGGGAGUUCGUGGACCUUUAUGUCCCUCGGAAAUGCUCUGCUAGCAACAGAAUCAUUGGUGCUAAGGAUCAUGCUUCCAUUCAGAUAAACAUUUCUGAGGUGGACAAGGUGACAGGCAGAGUGAAUGGCCAGUUCAAGACCUAUGCGAUCUGUGGCCCGAUCCGGAGAAUGGGUGAAUCAGAUGACUCCAUUUUGCGUCUGGCGAAAAAUGAUGGAAUUGUUUCCAAGAACUUUUAACUGAAGAAACUGGUAUGGAACAUGUGAAAUAAACAGUUCAAAACUA